AUGUUCUAUUUUCAUUUGGCCAGGAAACAACGACGAGAUGAGCUGCUUCAACAGCAGCAACGACAAAGUGGUCAACAGCAUCCAUCAGUCGGUAGUAUUCGUUCGGAACGUGUAGAACGAUGUAAAAGUUGUUGUAAAUCUGUAACAACAUUUAUAUUUUCACGUGUUGGACUUUGUUUACUUGUCGUGGCAUAUGCAUUUGGUGGUGGUGUUGUAUUUCAAUUACUUGAAGGACCACAUGAAGGUGAAGUUAGUCAAGGUGUUCAUCGACGUUUAAAUAUAACAGUUGAAAGAUUAUUUAAUACUAGUGAACAAUCAAAAGUUUUAGAAGUCAAAAAUUGGACAGCAAUGGCUCGACAAAUACUUGAAGAAUAUCAACUAGAAUUAGUUCGUCAAACAAAACGUGGUUAUCAAGGUGAACGUCUUGAUGAUGAUAACAAACAAUGGAAUUUUCCAGGUGCAAUUCUUUAUGCAAUUACAGUUAUUACAACAAUUGGUUAUGGACACAUUACUUGGUAUGAAAAUGUGUUGUUGACUUCUGAUUGA